AUGAAUUUCACAUCAUUACCAAAUGCAAUAAUAUUGAAUUUAUUUGAAUAUUUUUCACUUAUUGAACUUUUCCAGUAUUUCUCUGGUCUCAACUCACGUUUGAAUAAAUUACUUUAUCAAGAAUUUCAAAAAUUUCAUCUUGAUUUGAGAUCAUUAUCAAAAAGAAAAGUGAAUGAAAUAUAUGAAAAUUAUAUUCCAUCAAUUAUCAAUCAAAUUAUUUCAAUUCAUCUUUCAAAUGAUUAUGAAACUCCACAGCAAAUUCAAUCCUUUAUGUCUAGUGAUGAUUAUAAACUUCGUCAAUUUCUUCAUUUACAAUCAAUAUCAAUAUCAAAUCUUCAAUGCAAACAAACACUGGAUAAAAUCAUAACGGAGUGUUCUAAUCUCCCUUAUCUGAUACAUUUGACUUUAACCGCAUGUACCAUUGAAAUGAGUGAAAGUGAUAAACAACAUUUCUUUAAUCAAAUAUGGAGUUUAUCAAAACUAAAAUAUUGUCAUACGAAUAUCGAUUCUCAUACAAAAAGUUAUUCUUCAAGUUCACCAGUUAUUUCUAAAUCAUUAAAAUAUUUAAUUAUUUCAAAUAAUAUUUUUUCUUUAUCAAGAUUUGCUGAUUUAUAUCGACACACACCUAAUCUUCGACAUCUUUCUACCUGGUUUGUAGUUGAAUACAAUGAAUUACAAAUAUUAAAUCCGAUGUAUUCAAUUACCCGAUUAAAUAUCACAUUCCAUGGUCUAGGGAAUAUGUUAGAACAUCUUUUACAGAAUCUUCCGAAUUUAUAUCAAUUAAAAUGCGAUUUAAAUGUUUAUAUAAAUGGAAAUGAAUGGGAAGAUAUUAUUAAAAAAUCUUUACCAAAAUUAAAAAUGUUUCAAGUGAAAAUGAGAUAUACACCACCGAAUAAUGAAAAUAAAGAAAAUCAAUUAAAUGAAAUCGUUGAUUCAUAUCGAACAAAUUUUUGGAUCAAUGAACAUCAAUGGUUCAUUCGAUGUCAUUGGUAUACAAUCGAUCAAAAGGAACAAUUUAAUUUUAUUGAUGUAUUUACUGUCCCAUAUGCAUUUGAUAGUUUUUGGGAAGAUAAUAUUUGUCUUUUAGCAAAAUCGACGGCUUUAUAUGAUAAGAAUUAUUUACAAUGUCCUUGUGUAAAGACAUUAAAUUAUGGAUCUUCAUCUUUUACAGAUCCGAUUCGAUCUCGUCUUCGUUUUAAUAAUCUUCAACAUCUUUCAGUUUCAUUGCCGUUUAAUGAACGAUUUUUCUUUAUUGUUUCAAAAUUUGAUCGACUUAGAUCCAUUUUUGUGUACAUCGAAGAGAACAAAAAUUUGAAUAAUAUUCAAUUUCAACUACAACUUAUACUUGACCAAGCACCUUGCCUCUAUUCACUCGAAUUUAGUACAUGGGCACGAUCUGAUUCUGAAGCACCACUUACAGGAUUACGCAGUGAUUCAGUUCGUCGACUGGAUUUCAUACGAUUCUAUUUUAAUGGUCAAAUUUAUCAUUUUGAUGAAAAGGAAUGUAUUCAAUUGAGUCGUUCACCCUUAGGUAUUCAAUGCGAAGUUUUGCUUAUUACGGUUAAAAAUCGAAAAAACAUUCUUCGUCUUAUUAAUAAUAUGAAAAAUCUUCGAUCAUUAUAUGUUCAUUCUAUAGAUCAUUAUUGGCCGGAAAAUGGUUCAGUAUCAUCUGCAAUGGAUGGGCUUGUUCAAUGGUUGUAUGAACAAUUACCAUCAACAUCCACAGUGACUAAAUCUCAAACUGAUAGUUUUGGAAUUCAUAUAUGGAUUCGCUGA